UAGAUAUUGAUAGAUAUGGAUAUACAUUCCCCACAUCACAACUCCAUUCUAUAUUUUGCUAAUUAAUCAAAACAAAAUAUGUACAUUGCGUUACAUUUGAGAAAUUUUAUUUCAUUUUCACCCAAAUACGUUAAAAUAGAUUUUGUAAAUUUUGUUUCACUCCGUAUAAAUUCACCUCUGUGUUCUUUCUGAGACAUCGCUCUCCACACCUCUCACCUGGAUCCGUUAAUAUUUAAUCAGCUCUAAACCCCUCCGAGGAAAAGCUGAAUUCCGAGUCAGAUCGAAUUCUAGUCGGAAAACGGUCGAUUCUUCCUGCAACGACCGGAAUAUCAGACUCGAGCACAGGAUUGGGACUGAAUUGCGAUUAGAAGCACAGAAGGAGUGAUCUUGCUGUGGAUCCGGUCCUUUUUCGAUCCAUUAUCUGCACAUUUCCGAUUAGGCCGAGCUGAUGGCGACUCCGGGAGGACCUAGGCCUGGGAACUUCCCCCCUAAUUACAACCCAAACGCACUCGCCAACAAUAUGCAAAAUCUGCAAAUCAAUCAGCCGCCAGGUCAGCAGCAGCCCCGCCCUCUUAGCGGCCCACCCUUCGGUCAACAGCCCCCGCCAUUUACCGGUGCCCGUCCGGGCCCGCCUCCACCUGGCGCAUUCCCUCCAAACACCAUGACGUCCACUCUGCCUACUGGCACGCCGCCACCUGUAUCUCAGCCUCCUCCCCCGGUUGGGCUGAGGCCCCCGCCACCUGGCGCAUUCCCUCCGUCUGCCGGUGGGCCCACUGCUCCCUCACCUUUCAGGCCCGGCCCUCGCCCAGGGCCCGUUUUGGGGGCUCCCAAUGGGCCUCCUGCAUUUGGGCCCGGGAUGUCGCAAAGCGGGCCCCGGUUCCCACCUGCAAUGGGCAGUAGUGCGCCAAGGCCAUCGUCUGUUCAAAUGCGUCCUAGCUAUGGUGGUCCGCCUACCGGUGGAUCGCCGUCUCCUGUGGGGCAGCAAUCGUCAUCACCAUUCGCAGGCCCGCCUUUUGCUGCUGGGCAACAGGCUCCUCCAUUUACGGGCUCGCCACAGAACACUCGGCCUCCUUCGGGUUCACCGUACAAUAUGCAGCAGACGUGGCCAUCACAGCCAAACCAGCAGACAGUUCCGCCUCCUCCGAUUCCUGGUGCCAUGCAGCAGCAGCAGCCGAUGUUUGGGAUGCCGCCAGGUGGGCCUCCACCUCCUACUCAAUCUAUGGCUAUGGGUCAUACUGGGCAAUCGAAAAUUGAUCCUAACCAGAUUCCUCGCCUUACUCCAAGUUCUGCUGUAAUUUUGCACGAGACUCGUCAGGGCAAUCAGGCGAAUCCUCCUCCGCCUGCAACAAGUGACUAUAUAGUAAAAGACACUGGGAAUUGCAGUCCGCGUUACAUGAGGUGUACUAUAAAUCAGAUUCCAUGUACUGUAGAUCUUCUAUCGACAUCUGCAAUGCAGUUGGCUUUAUUGGUUCAGCCUUUAGCUCUUCCACAUCCGUCUGAGGAACCCAUCCAUGUUGUUGAUUUUGGCGAAGGUGGUCCCGUUCGGUGUUCUCGCUGCAAAGGCUACAUAAACCCAUUUGUAAAGUUCAUUGACCAAGGAAGACGUUUCAUUUGCAACUUGUGUGGAUUUACGGAUGAAACCCCACGUGACUAUCACUGCAACUUAGGUCCUGAUGGUCGGCGAAGAGACGCUGAUGAUAGACCUGAGCUAUGCAGAGGAACAGUUGAAUUUGUUGCUACUAAGGAAUACAUGGUGCGAGAUCCAAUGCCCGCCGUAUUUUUCUUUCUCAUUGAUGUAUCCAUGAAUGCCGUACAAACUGGUGCAACUGCAGCAGCUUGCAGUGCGAUCAACCAAGUUAUAGCUGAUCUCCCUAAGGGGCCUCGAACAAUGGUGGGCAUUGCUACAUUUGACUCGACCAUCCACUUUUACAACCUAAAACGUGCUUCACAGCAGCCGUUGAUGCUUAUAGUUCCCGAUGUGCAAGAUGUCUACACUCCUCUGGAAAGUGAUGUUAUUGUCCAAAUUGAUGAGUGCCGCCAGCAUUUGGAGAUACUGUUAGAAAGUAUUCCUACAAUGUUUGAGAGUAAUAGAACUGCUGAUUCAGCAUGUUGUGCUGCAAUAAAGGCGGCUUUCUUGGCAAUGAAAAGCACUGGUGGCAAACUGCUUGUCUUCCCAUCAACACUGCCGUCAACUGGCAUUGGAUCCCUUUCUGCUAGAGAAGCAGAAGGCAGAAGCAACAUAUCAGCGGGAGAUAAGGAGGCUCACAAAUUACUCCAACCGGCUGACAAGAUUUUGAAAACUAUGGCUAUUGAGUUUGCGGAGUAUCAGGUCUGUGUGGACUUGUUCAUUACGACGCAAUCAUAUGUCGAUAUAGCUUCUCUCUCUGUAAUACCAAGAACUACCGGAGGCCAGGUUUACUAUUAUUACCCUUUCUCUGCCCUUUCUGAUUCUGCUAAGCUUUACAAUGACCUCCGCUGGAAUGUCACAAGGCCACAAGGAUUUGAAGCUGUGAUGCGUGUUAGAUGCAGCCAGGGUAUUCAAGUUCAGGAAUAUUCAGGAAACUUCUGUAGGCGCAUACCAACUGAUGUUGACUUACCUGCUAUUGAUUGCGACAAAACAGUAAUGGUGACCCUGAAACAUGACGACAAAUUACAGGAAGGUUCUGAGUGUUCUUUCCAGUGUGCCCUUCUCUACACCACCGUCUACGGACAAAGAAGAAUCCGUGUUUCGACAUUGUCUCUGCCUUGCACCAACAUGCUGAGUAACCUGUUUCGAGCGGCUGACUUAGAUACCCAAUUUGCUUGCAUGUUGAAGCAAGCUGCUGCCGAAAUUCCAUCAGCUCCUCUUGCACAAGUGAGGGACCAAGCUACAAAUGUUUGCAUCAACAUCUUGUACUCUUAUCGCAAGUUCUGUGCUACUGUUUCGUCUUCUGGACAGCUUAUUCUGCCUGAGGCACUUAAGUUGUUGCCUCUAUAUACACUUGCUUUACUCAAAAGCACUGGUUUACGUCAUGAUGGGAGAAUAGACGAGAGGUCCUACUGGAUUAAUCACGUAUCUUCUUUACCUACACCUUUGGUAAUUCCAUUGGUGUCCCCAAGAAUGAUCUCCAUUCAUGACCUUAAUGAAAAGGAGUCGGAUGAUUCCAUUAUUCCCACUCCCAUUCCACUUAACAGCGAGCAAAUUAAUGAUGAUGGAGUUUAUCUUCUUGAGAACGGAGAAGAUUGUUUAAUUUAUUCUGGUACUUCGGCUCAGCCGAAUAUUUUGCAACAGUUGUUUGGAAUUUCAUCUGUUGAAGAAAUUUCCAAUCAGUUUACCCUUCAGGAAUUUGACAAUCCUUUGUCAAAGAAGCUGAAUGCCAUAGUAAAUGAAAUAAGGCGCCAGCGGUGUUCUUAUUUACGUUUGAAAUUUUGCAAAAAGGGAGAUCCUUCAGGUUAGUGCUUGGCAAAAUUAUAUUCCAAUCCAAUGGCUGAACUUUCCUUAUUCUGAACAUAAAAAUCUUAUCACCUUGUUUGUUAAUAUGGUUUUAUAAGCUUUAGCAUUUAAUCUCAGUCUACAAUGCUUUUAGUGCAUUCUGGACGAUUAUUAUUCCACUUGAUGUUUGGCAAUAAUCGUAGUUUUAUUAUAAACUAAUAAUCUCUCGGCUUUUGAUCUCUUUCCCAUCCUGCAGCGACAUUACUCAUAUGUUGUCUUGUCAAGUUUUGUUUAUUGGGUUCAUUUUUGGUUCUAUGCAGGGAUGAUGUUUUUCUCUUACAUGGUAGAAGACAAAUCACCACUUGGGCUCUCAUACGUCGAGUAUUUAAUACAUAUCCAUCGACAGAUUCAGAGUAAAAUGGCUUGAACCUUUCAAUGAAAAUUUGGAUUUCUCUUGGAAAAAAUGCAAUUGUUGAAGCCGACAGAAGGUUGUGUUCAUGCUCCGGUGCUGUUGGGGGCAUAUAGUUUUGAGAGGAGAGGAUUUUGUUCUGAUGGUUACUAAACUAUAUAUGUAGUCCAAAGGUAGGAAAAAUAAAACUCAAAAGUGUUGCUUUAAUUUAGUUCUUAUUUCUGUUUUGCAUCUUUUUGGCACAUUCAUUGUGGGGUGCAAAGUUGAGAUGUGCAAACAAUGCUCGACUUUAGAUGUGGAUCAUAUGUUGUAUUACUAUUUAUACUUAGUGGCACACUCGUGUUUUCAAAUAACACUCAUGAAACUUUGGAGAUAUGGUUAUAAUGAAAUUAGAAAUUUCAGUUAUCUAUUUUGAUUUUGAAGUGAUUUUUAAAAUUCUUUCGUUUUUGC